GAUUUGCAGCGCACUGGGAGCUCGUUUUUUUUUUUUCUUUUCACGCUCUAUCGCUGGUGGUUUAAAAGGCCAAGCUUGGUUCCUCUUCUGUCACACCGAUAUUUUUGUUAUACUUUAGAAAAACCCGCUUUUGGCUCAGAGCGAAGCUUGGCGAGGGCAACAAAAUAAACCACGCGGGGUAAGCAGCACAAAAACACCAAAUAGUGGACUGAAAAAAGCAUGCGCUUUUUGUUUUCUUUUUUUUUUUUUUCACUUCGUUUGUUCGGGUUUCAUAAAUUUGUACUUUUUAUUAUUAUUGUUAAUGCUACAAUGACUGGCACGCUGCAUUCAGAGGACAAACAGGUGUUUCCAGACAGAAAGACAUCGUUGCGGCGACCCACUAACACGCAGACACAUUCAGCAGGGCUGAAGAGCAGCAGCACGCGCCGGUUCGACCGCCGAAACACUCCCAUUCGCAGCGGAACCAAAACAACACCAACAACACCGUCGGCGGCCACGACACACGCCGAGUUUACAUUCCGGUCCUCGCCGACAUCGCCGGGGAUCAUACAGCAGCAGCAGAAACUGGAGUCAGUCGGGGCAGCGCUCCUGCCGUCGCUGACGCGGCGGGCGACGGUGACAGAAGAGAAGAACCGGCAGGCCGGGACGGUGCGGCGACGCACCAAGGAGCUGGCGCUGGCAGACGCAAGCGUGACGCGCAGCAACACUCGGAAGAAGCGGGCGAGCGAGAUCAUCGAGGAGCCGGUGGCCCGCAACAUGUACGAGAUCCCAAAUGACAACGAAAACGACGGACAGUAUGCAAUGGAGUUCUGGCUCAAUGCGCUGGUGGCAAAGCCGCAUACAAACUUCUUCGGGUACGAGUCGUCGAUUGGGCCCAUCUGCAUCUCAAUCAGCACGCGCGAGUCGCACGAGUGCUAUAAGGCGCUGGUGCGUACGCCGUUCAAGUUCGGGGUGGUGUUUGUGCCAACAAUGGUCAUUGACGAGCCGAUCUUCGGCACCGACUUGGACCGGCUCUCGAGCCCCACUCCGCAGAAGAUAUUGCUGUACCAUGCGCUGCGGAUUUACUUCCAGCAGGCCGACGAGGAGCGGCGUGGGUAUCUGGUCACAGCGCUACGCAACCGCCGGCUCACCACCGAGAACGCCAGCCGCGCCGAUGCUGCAGCCCUCAAAUCAGCAGACGCAUGGAGCCAGACGGCGCCCGCCCGGCAGGCCAUCAAGUCGGCGGGUGCUAAGCGGUCGACGGAGCUGAGGCGCGAAGAAAUCAGCAGCUUCAUGGACAGUCUGUUUACCAGCGACAGCCCGACGCUCAAUGCGCCGGUGCGCGAGCGGCGGGCAGCCAUUGGCGCUACGGACGCAGGCGACGACCCGGUGCUGAAGGCACAAAUAGACGUGUUCCUGGCCAACGAGCGGUAUGCGCGGGAUCUGGCCGUGGCCACCGAGAGCCUGACCGAGCUGCGCGACGAGCACCUGAAGCCGCUGCUGCGUAGCCUGGAGCCCAAGCUGUACCGCCGCCGGCUGCGCAUUGACUUUGUAGUGGAGGGAGCGCAGGAUCACGUGCAGCUCUCCGGCACAGCGGCUCCGCACCGGCGGUUCCUGCGGACACUGGAGCGAGCCAGCGCGCGCAUGCGCGGCGACGCUGACGCAGCACAUGCAGGUGACUCGGGCGACGGCUCAGCUAAGCACGGCACAACGAAGAGCAAGGCGCGGCGGCAGAAGACCAAGGCGGAGCUGGAGGCGAAGCGACGCAAUGUGAUCAUGGAGCUGAUCAGCACCGAGCGCAGCUACGUGGCCAAGCUGCGGGCGCUAAUUGACAUCUACGCAGUGCCGCUGCGGUCAGCAGCGCGGUCAGCCAACAAUGCGCUGAUUCCAGCAUACGACGCACACGUGAUCUUUGGCAAUAUUGAGCGCGUAUACGAGGUCAACGAGCGGUUCCUGGGCGACCUGGAGGCAUGGCACCGCGGCGAGAUGGAUCCAAAGGAAACCAUUGGGUCGCUGUGCCGUGACCACUUUGUGGACUUCCACGUGUAUAAGCGGUAUAUCAACGGCUACCACCACGCACUCGAGUGCUCGCGCGCGCUGGAGGCCAAGAGCCCACUGUAUGCUGGCUUUCUGCAGAAGGCGCGCGAGCGCGAGGAGUGCCGCAAGCUGGGGAUCAGCGAUUUGCUGAUCAUGCCUGUCCAGCGCAUUCCGCGGUACACGCUGCUGCUGACCGACCUGCUCAAGGCCGUGGCUGAGGACGACCCCGACUUCCAGCGCAUCCAGAUGGCGCUCGAGCGCAUCAACGAGAUCGGCCAGCUGGCUGACAACCAGAUCGCCGAGAGUGUUACUGAGCUGCACCGCAUUCAGACCACCGUCGACGGCUGCCCGCCCAACCUCAUCAGCGCAUCGCGUGAAUUCAUCGGUGCCGUCGAUGCGUCGGAGCUUGAUCUGACCACUGGCAAGCCCAGGAAGCCCAUGGCGCUGCUGGUGUUCUCUGAUCUGCUGAUGAUGGUCGAGCGGUACUGGCCGCCUAAGGGCCACGGCGACAUCCGUGUGACUGGCAAAUCCAGCACAGCCUCGUGUCCAGUGCAUGGCGCCGCAAAGAAGAGCGCCGAGGCCGCGUCGUGUACGUGCGGCUCUGGUGGCUCGCUGAGCACAGCAACAACUGCCUUCAUGGCCAGCGGCUCGGCAGCAUCUGGUGCGACAAAAUGGGGCCGGUUCGCUGGAUGGAUCGAUAUCAGCAGGAUCAGCGUGCUGGAGAAAAGCGUGGUGCCGGGAGCUACAGCCUUCUACGUUCUGCGGUACCCGACCAACGACGACCAGUCGGCCCUGGAUCCGCGUGAGGCGCGGCGCACGCGCGUGGGCACAGCCAGCGGCAAGAGCCAGCGAGGAUCCGAUGCAGGUUGAGUUUGCGCGUAUUCUGUAUCCCAGCGAGACGACCGAGUCGUAUGGCGACGCGGCGUACUGGCACCCACAGUCGCUGCACGAGUUCGAGGUCGACACGCCGCUGACGCGCGAUGCCUUUUUCGAGUUCCUCAAUACCGCCUGGGACCGCAGCGUCGCGCGCUGCUUCGAGUCUACCGGUGGCCUGAGCCGCCACGGCAGCAGCUCGAGCAGCGUCAAGGGCACUGGCACGGGCCGCCGGACCGUCAG